CUAUGAGCCGUCGCUAUCCGAGACAAGCUAACAUGGAAAUCCGAAAGCAGUGUCCGAAAGCAACUGGUGGGCGAGAAAGUUUGGCAAGCGGGUUGUCGGCGGGCUACGCCGAAGCCAAAUUUCGGCAGGAGCUGGAGAGUGUUUGGACCGCGGUCGCGACAUGCUGGGUUGCGCCGUAGUCGGGCUGAUGGCGGCGCCCCGUAUGUUGGAGACAUCCACGUAGCGCAUAUCCGCAGGAUGACGACACAGGCUGUUGGUUGAUCGGCGUCGUCAUGAGAGUUGUGAUAAUUGCGAUCGCCCUCGCAGCCCUGCCGCCGUGGACGACCGGCUACGAUGUGUUUUUCUACAAGCCAGGCUUCUACGACCGCAAGUACGGCAGUUUCCCGGAGGAUCUACGUCUCCGCAUGGUCGAGGAAGCGAAGCGUAUGUUUCAAUUCGGGUACGACAGUUACAUGAAGUAUGCGUUUCCGAAGGACGAACUCAACCCCAUCUACUGCACCGGCCGAGGCCCCGACUACGACAACCCGUCGAACAUCAACAUCAACGACGUGCUGGGCGACUACUCGCUCACCCUGGUCGACUCGCUGGACACGCUGGCCGUGAUGGGGAACGCGAGCGAGUUCCGCAACGCCGUGCGCCUCAUCCUCGAGCACGUCUCCUUCGACAAAGACAACGUGGUGCAGGUGUUCGAGGCCAACAUUCGGCUGCUGGGCGCACUGCUGUCGGCGCACCUGCUCAUCACGGACCGGGAGCAGCCGUUCGGCGACCUGCGGCCCCCUGGGUACCGGGACGAGCUGCUGCGGCUCGCGCGGGACCUGGCGUCGCGCCUGCUGCCGGCCUUCGAGAACACGCGCACGGGCAUCCCCUACCCGAGGGUGAACCUGCGCCGCGGCGUGCCCCGGGCCGUCUCGACGCACACGUGCACCGCCGGCGCAGGCUCGCUGCUGCUCGAGUUCGGCGUGCUCAGCCGGCUGCUGGACGACGGCGCGUACGAGGAGGCGGCGCGGCGGGCCACGCGGGCCCUGUGGCGCCUCCGGGCGAAGGACACUGGCCUCCUGGGCAACAUCGUGGACGUCAACACGGGCGAGUGGGUCGGCAAGAUGAGCGGCAUCGGCGCCGGCCUCGACUCCUUCUUCGAGUACCUGCUCAAGACAUACAUCCUGUUUGGUGACAUGGAGGACUUCCGCAUGUUCAACGAGAGCUACAGCCUCAUCAAGCAGUACAUGCGCAAGGGACGCGUCUCGUGCAACGAGGGCUGCGGUGAGCAUCCGCUCUACGUCAACGUCAACAUGCAGGAUGGUUCGACGUCCACUCUGUGGAUUGAUUCCUUGCAGGCGUCCUUCUCGGGCAUCCAAGUCCUGCUGGGCGACAUUGAGGAGGCCAUUUGCAGUCACGCCCUGUUCUAUGCCAUCUGGAGGCGCUUUGGUGCCUUGCCAGAGCGUUUCAACUGGCAGAAAGCGUUGCCCGAUUUGGCCUUCUAUCCCCUCAGACCGGAACUGAUUGAAUCCACGUACCUUUUGUAUCGGGCCACCAAGAACCCCUUUUACCUGCAUGUUGGCCGAGACAUUCUACAGAGUCUCAACAAUCACACCAAAGCACCGUGCGGCUACGCCACCAUUCACAAUGUUCAGGACAAAUCCCUCGAAGACCGCAUGGAAAGCUUUUUCUUAAGUGAAACCUGCAAGUACCUUUACCUGCUGUUUGAUGUUGACAAUCCCUUGAACAAGCACUUUGCCAAGUAUAUUUUUACGACAGAGGGACACAUUUUGCCAAUUAUUCGCCCUUUGAGGACAUCUCCUCCGACCAGGGAGAAUGUGCCCACUGCAAUUGAUGUGCAGACUGUGGCAACAUUAGUGCCUAGAGUCUUAAAUGAGACAGAUUGUCACUGUGACAAAGUGCCUGAAGAGAGGCAAUACUUAUUGCCUCUGAAGCAUAACUAUCUUCAACAAAUCAGCCAAUCCCUGGGUCUCGAUGGAGAUGUUUGAAUGUUUUGUGAUCGUAACGACACACGUUCCCCAUUUCUUCACCUGCUCUGGCUGCACUUUUUUUGGAUUUGUCAAGUGUAGACAUCUGCCUGGUGAAUGUACUUAUAGUGCUGAAGAUGCUCAAACGACAGCACAUUCAGGCAACAGGUACCAUUCCUGACACUUGCACUAGGGGUGUGCACAAUUUGUGAGAAAGUAUUUUGUUGUGCAGGUCAUCCUGUCAAAAUUUUAUGUGGUGUGUACAGUCCCGCACAACACUGAGGGAUAUUGCUCAAUCUCGCGAGAGAUUCUAAUGCAAAUAAGUUAAAUUGUUGAUUCAGAGCAAGUGCUUCUUUUCACAAAGUUGCCAUAUUUUAUUUCCAUCUGCCCAAAGGAAAUACCGUAACCUUAUUUUCAUGCUUAAUAAAGUCUAGCACUGCUGUGGCAUUUUCUGAGUG